AUGAACAGGAGUUGCGUACAGCCCAUUAAACUGGCCAGGGUCACCAAGACUGGCUCUCAGGGACAGUGCAUGCAGGUGCAUGUGGAAUUCAUGGAUGACACCAGCUGCCCCACCAUUCACAACAUGAAAGGCCCAGUCUGGGAGGGCAACGUGCUCAAGCUGCUGCAGUCAGAGUGA